UGACUCUUAAAACAUACUUAAGAAGGCGUCGCAGAGCUCGGAGUGACUAAGCGGAAGAAGAAAAAGAAGGACAAAGACAAAGCGAAACUCCUGGAAGCAAUGGGAACGAGCAAAAAGAACGAGGAGGAGAAGCGGCGCGGCCUGGACAAGCGGACCCCGGCCCAGGCGGCCUUCGAGAAAAUGCAGGAGAAGCGGCAAAUGGAAAGGAUCCUGAAGAAAGCAUCUAAAACCCACAAGCAGAGAGUGGAGGACUUUAACGACACCUGGACACACUCACGGAGCACUGCGACAUUCCCAAAGUCAGCUGGACGAAGCAGCUGCCUGCACCGGGAUGGAGCAGCUUCGAGAGUUCGCCAAAGGCCCCGCUGGGGUUGUGUGUGUUUCCGUUGGUAUAUUCUAGACACACAGCUUUACACACACCCUCGCGUCUUCUGCUACAGACUGCUCUUCGAAGCUGUGCACCCUCAUUCUGGAACUUGAUUAAAGUAAAAUUGU